CUGCAAGGUCCUCGCCAGAUUGCCUGGUCCUAGCCGGUCUGCGUCCCUAGGGACCGCUCAGGAGGGCAUCCGAAUAGCAGGUGGGCUCAGCCUUUUGUCGCUGCCAGUGGUGUCUGGAGGGGUUUGGGAUCAGCACACAGGUCCUGGCUCCCCAGGAGAAAGAGUGAUCAAGUGAAGGAAUGAGGGGAGAAAGAGGAGAUUCUUGGAGUUGGAUAUCAUCAUUUCUGAGGACAUCUUUAACUGGACACCAAGAUUUCUGUCUCUAAGAAUUACAUGGCAGAUGCAGAAGAAACAAAAGACAGAAGCCAUGUUACUCACUAUUUCCUGAGCAUAGAAGAAGAUGAUCAAGGUCCAGGAAUUGCUGACACUGGAGGAUGUGGCUGUGGAGUUUAACUGGGAGGAGUGGCAGCUCCUGGAUGCUGCUCAGAAAGACCUAUACCGGGAUGUGAUGUUGGAGAACUUUAACAAUUUGGUGUCACUGGGGUAUCAAGCUACCAAACCAGAAUCACUCUCCAAGUUGGAACAUGGAAAACAACCAUGUAUAAUAGAAAACAAAAUCCAGAAUAGAACCCAUCCAGGAAUCAGGAAAGUUGACAGUCAUCUGCCAGAGCACUCUCAAGACCAAAGAUUUCCAAAGAGCCUGCAACAAUGCAGUGAACAGAAUGCAUUUAGAAAGAGUGUUCAUCUGAGCAAAACUUGUUUAGCCCUAACACAAAAUCAUACGUUUGACUUAUGUAAAAAAGCUUGGAAAUCAAGCUUAUGUUUAGUUAACCAGAAGAGACGAUAUGAAAUAAAGAACCCUGUGGAGUUUAAUGGAGAUAAGAAAUUCUUUCUACAUGGUGAUCGUGAACAGUUGUAUUCUGGAAUUGAAUUUCCUGAAAGUAUAAAACACAUCAUUGCUAAGUUCCAAGUCCUUAAGCGUCAGAGGACUCACAAAAUAGAGAAAUCCCAGGCCUGCGUUGGAAGUGAGAAAACAUGCAUCAGGAAAUCUCAGCUUAUUUCUCAGGAGAGCAUUCAUAUAGGAGACAAACUCCAUCAGUGUGAUCUGUGUGAGAAAUCCUUCUCCAGAAAUGUCAUGUUCACUAAACAUCAGAAACCUCAAACACGAGACAAACCCCAUUUAACCAGUGGAUGCAGAAAAGUAUCUACUGUGAAGAGCAGUCCCACUGUACAUCAGCAAACCCAAACAGGAGAGAAAUCCUAUAUGUGCAGUGAGUGUGGAAAAGGCUUCACAGUGAGGCGCUAUCUGAUUGCACAUCAGCGAACUCACAGUGGAGAGAAACCUUAUGUGUGCAGUGAAUGUGGAAAAGGCUUCACUGUGAAGAGCAAUCUCAUUGUGCAUCAGCGCACUCACACAGGGGAGAAACCCUAUGUAUGCAGUGAGUGUGGGAAAGGCUUCACCAUGAAGCGCUAUCUUGUUGUACACCAGCGAACUCAUACUGGAGAGAAACCAUAUUUGUGCAGUGAAUGUGGGAAAGGCUUCACCGUGAAGAGUAAUCUCAUCGUACAUCAGCGAUCUCAUACAGGGGAGAAAUCUUACAUAUGCAGUGAAUGUGGGAAAGGCUUCACUGUGAAACGCACUCUCAUUAUACAUCAGCGAACUCACACGGGAGAGAAAUCUUACCUAUGUAAUGAAUGCGGGAAAGGCUUCACCACAAAGCGCACUCUUGUUAUACAUCAGCGAACUCACACGGGAGAGAAACCCUAUGAAUGCAAUGAGUGUGGUAAAGCCUUCAGCCAGAAGAUAUGCCUCAUACAACAUGAGAGGUGUCAUACAGGAAAGACGCCCUUUGUAUGUACUGAGUGUGGAAAAUCCUAUUCCCACAAGUAUGGUCUCAUUACCCAUCAGAGAAUUCACACAGGAGAGAAACCCUAUGAGUGCAAUGAAUGUGGAAAAGCCUUCACCACGAAGUCAGUACUCAAUGUACAUCAAAGAACUCACACAGGAGAAAGACCAUAUGGAUGCAGUGAUUGUGAGAAAGCCUUCUCCCACUUGUCAAACCUUGUUAAACAUAAGAAAAUGCACAUAAGAGAAAUAGUAGAUUCGGUCAAGUUGGAAAUUCCUUUAACAGAGAGUCACAGUCAUUACUUACGAUUGAACAAGAGCUCCAUUAAUGCAGUGACUGGGGAAAUGCCUUCUGUGGCAGCUAAGACUUUGUUUAAACACCAGUGUUUCUAGCAGAGCAGAACGGUACUGCCUGUUAUCAGAUGUGUGCCCUGAGGAGAUGAAAGGAUUUGUGCAGGAGAUAAACCUGGUGAAUAUAGUGAAUGUGGUAGCGCCUUUAGUGAUCCUUACCUCACAUUUUCUGUCAAUGAAAACAUGUUGGAAAAACUCUGAUACAUUCAGUGCAGAGAUGCCUUGGGCAAAACUUUCUGACUUCAUUAUAUGUCUGAAAAGUAUAUACUCUAUAUUCUCCGACAAAUUCUGUGAAUGCAGAGACUAGGAAAGUCUUCAGUGGGAAGACAGACUUUCUUAUCAGGGGUCUUCAUUGAUCAUCAGUGAGCUCAUUGUUCAUAGAAAUAUGAUUU